CCCCAUCCCAACCCCCUCUGAUAGAUUGGUAUAAAAUGACAAUCUGCCAUCUGUGUGGAUCAUUUUGUGUCGGACCUUUAGACCUGUAUUGUUCGCUGUAUUUGCUGCAGAGGAGUUUGUGAUUCGAGUAUUGCUUUUUGAAGGGCAUUCUGUGAGGAGUUUCUAAGUGUGUGUUUGGCAGCCUCCGAGGGUGUGUUUUAUAUCAGACAGCUAUGAGUGGUAAAUACAGUGUGGUGUUACAGGGUCCGGCCCCAUGGGGCUUCAGACUGCAGGGGGGGAAAGACUUCAACAUGCCUCUCUCCAUUUCACGGCUCUCGGAUGGAGGAAAGGCUGCUAAAGCAGGAGUCGCUGUGGGAGAUCUGGUCCUGUCCAUCGAUGGCAUCAGCACUGACGGCAUGAACCACCUUGAGGCUCAGAAUAAGAUUAAAGCCAGCACAGACAAACUCAACCUCGCUUUACAAAAAGCUUCCAGUCUUCCAAAACCAGCUGUGGCACCAAAGGGUCAUUCUGUGGAAAUUAUCAAACCCGUUCCUAUGGCAACCUCCAUUCCAUCUUCCUCUGACAUCACAAACUCCACCCACAUCACUUCAUCCUCCAAUAGGGGCGCUCGUCCAUUUGGAGGGGCGGGGUCACCACACAUAGCCUUCAUUCCCUCUGCCACAUCUGCUUUUGCACUCGCCUCCUCAGCUCAAAGCCCUAAUCCACUGGCUCCGCCUACUCCUACCGAUGGCUCACCAAAUCAUAUACCGGCGGUGCCCCGCCCUUCAGUGUAUAACACGCCCAUCAAUCUCUACUCCAAUGAGAAUGCCUGUGAAGUUGCCAUGGGCCAGCGGCGGGGCCUGUUGGAAAGCCAGGGUGAGAGCUCUCAGCUGAAUGGAAAACCUCCAGUUAACAGACUUCCUCGUAAGCCUAUCACAGAGACAGACAUUGAGUUUUACCACGUCCCAACUCACGGUGAUGCCAGCAGGAAACGCAUCAUGCAGGACACAGAGGAUUGGCGCCCGCGGACAGGAACUUCACAGUCCCGUUCAUUCCGUAUCCUAGCCCAAAUCACCGGUACUGAAUCAGAACUCGAUCAGUCAAAGGAGGCUGAAUCAGCAAAGACAACAAAUGAGGAGCUAGAUGAUUCUCAGCCCAACGCUCAUGUCACCUGUCCUGUUAAGACCAUGACCAAAGCCCCAGGAACACCUGUCAGAAACACAACAGGUCUCAUUACUCCCACUUUUGGUGUGGUGAGCAACAGUACACCUUUGGGCCCCGCCUUGGACCGACCCAUGCCCCGCCCACACCCAAAAGACGAAGCCUCAUUGGUCCAGAUGGCAGAACACAUCCCUGCUGGAACACGCACUCCUAUGUGUGCUCACUGCGACAUGGUUAUCAGGGGGCCGUUCCUGAUGGCGAUGGGGAAAUCAUGGCACCCGGAGGAGUUCACAUGCGCUCACUGCAGUGUGUCUCUGAGUGAGCUGGGUUUUGUGGAGGAACAGGGCUCCGUCUACUGCCAACACUGCUACGAAGAGUUCUUUGCUCCGACCUGCGCGCGCUGCCAAUACAAAAUCCUGGGGGAAGUGAUCAAUGCACUUAAGCAGACCUGGCAUGUGUAUUGUUUCCUGUGUGCAUCCUGCCAGCAACCGAUAAGAAAUGAUACUUUUCACCUCGAGGAUGGAGAGCCGUACUGCGAGAGAGAUUACUACAGUCUGUUUGGGACGGGCUGCCGUGGCUGUGAUUUCCCAAUAGAAGCAGGAGACAAGUUUCUAGAGGCCCUGGGCGGCACCUGGCAUGACACCUGCUUCGUGUGCUCAGUUUGCAGCGUCAGUCUGGAGGGCCAGACCUUCUUCUCCAAAAAGAACAAACCACUUUGCAAGAAACACGCUCACACUCUCAAAAUAUAAAUGCACUACACAACUCUUGAAGUAUAAGCAAAAAUGUAAAGAACAUAUAUUUACAAGAAUAUAAAUGACACAUACUCAAGGUAAAAGCAGUUCUGAUGAGGUUUGAAAUGAAGAAUGAUCUGUUUGAAGGUGGUUAUGUGAGAGCUGGUGUUCUUGCAGAACUUCUUUCCACCCUUUUAGUCUUUUCGCUUCACAGCAAUCUGUGCAUUAUUUAUAAAAUAAGGACCAAAACAAUUGGAAUGAGAAAAUACUCGAGAAUAAAUGCACAUUAAUUUAUCUGAUAUAAUGUGCAGCAGUGAUGACGUAUUUUACAUAUAUUU